UAUCCCGUAUUUGAAUACUCUUUGCUUAGUUCAUUGUGUAUGUACCGAAUGAUUUGGAUUAGCCUAAGCAACAUACCGUUAGACCUAGCUUUACUGCUCCACUACCAACAUUCUUUCGUGGCUACUGUUCUCAUCAACGACAACGCAUAUAUUCACGACGAAGUAUAGCUUGCAGUCUUAAAUACAACUUAUAUGAAAAGCAUUAAGAUACAGGGGUGUAUAAUCAUUGUAAAACAAAUCUUACCUUGACGUUGUCUUGCCGAGACACACCGGUCUCUCCAGGUUGGGUUGUGUAGACUCAUUUGGCUUCAGACUGACGCGAGUCACGCGACGCCGGUUCAACGAAUAACGUGAUUGGCCAAAUCAAUUCAACAAGGUAACAACACAAGCGUUGAUUGGAUCUCACUCCGGCCAACGUUUGUGAUCAGCUAGCGAAAUUAAAUCUGUUUUUAUACUUUAAUGUGCAACAAUUGGCGUUGGAAACAAUCGGUAAUCUUUUUGUGAAUUAUUCAUACAGACAAAUAAAAAAACUAUCAAAUCAAAAACUAAACGAGAUAGACGGACUCGGCCCACCGCCUAAUAUGGACGCUUGGCCAGGACCCCUUGGCGUCACUUAUUGACGCACUGGCGUCAUUUUUCAACGUGCAGGGUAGUCCGAUAGACUUCAAUAUUGUUAAACUCACCGAUGAAUGCGGUUAAACUCACCGAUGAAUGCGGUUGCCUAUGAACGCGCUAAACCUUUGCUAAGAGGGCACUUUGAUAUCAGAUUGUGAGGGUUUUUAAACAUAAAAAAACAGUUGGAGGGCCAGAUAAAGAUGAUCUGGGGGCCACCAUUAUACUAGCCCUGGCAUAGAUCAUGUGCCUGGAGCGCGCGCUCGAUCGGACAGGGUUCAGAGCCUAUGCACAGCACGCGUGAAAGAGUGAUGGAGGCUGAGGUUCGGGAUCACCAUGAAUGACAAAUAUCACAAGGCAGCUCGCGAUGGCUACCUUGACCUGCUGAAAGAAGCGACGCAGAAGGACCUGAACGCUCCGGAUGAGGAUGGCAUGACACCGACGCUAUGGGCCGCGUACCACGGCAACCUGGACGCGCUGCGGCUGAUCGCGGGGAGAGGGGGGAACCCAGAUAAGAGUGACAUAUGGGGGAACACGCCACUCCACUUGGCUGCCGCCAAAGGCCAUCUCAACUGCUUGUCAUUUCUGGUGUCGUUUGGUGCCAACGUGUGGUGCCUGGACAACGACUACCACACGCCGCUGGACAUGGCCGCCACCAAGAACCACAUGGACUGUGUGCGCUACCUGGACUCUAUCGCUGCCAAACAGACUGCCCUCAAUCCCAAGUUAGUGAGCAAGCUGAAGGACAGAGCAUUUCGUGAUGCCGAACGACGCAUUAAUGAAUGCGUUAAAUUGCAGCAAAAGCACCGCCGGCGCCUGGAGCGCAAAUUCCAGAGAGAGUCAACUGAAGCAUCGGUCUCUGAUGCCAUGAGCUUCUCCAGCUAUGCCAGCAGCACCUUGAGUCGCAAGUUACACCACUUUAAUACUGCCACUAGUGUGCCAUACUCCCAGGCUACUCUUCAUGCUACAGCCAGGGGCAAAACUAAGAUCCAGAAGAAGCUUGACAAGAAGAAGCUAGGUGAUGGGACCUUCAAAAUCUACGAAGAUGGCAGGAAGAGUGUCCACUCUUUGUCUGGCCUACAACUGGGCAAUGAUGUCAUGUUCUUGAAGCAGGGGACGUACGUCAAUCCCAAGGACCGGUCCCGUCGCAACAUACGUAACGUGUUCCCUAGUGACCACGAGGAUGCUAUCUCACAUGCCAUCAGUGAGCCCGACUUGCAUGGACAAGACGUGGACUACUCAGAGAUCAGCACCGACUCAGGCCACGACUCACUCUUCAACCGCCCUGGCCUGGGCACCAUGGUGUUCCGACGCAACUAUGUGAGCGGCGGACUCUUCGGCAUUGGCAGCAGAGAUGAAGGUAGUCUUGCUGGGAGCGAACGGGUCAAUAAUGUGCGCCUGCAGAGUCGGAUGCAACGCUCGCCUAGUCUGGACUACGACAGCAUUGGAAGUGCCCGUAGCCUACAGGAGAGGAACGUGCAGGAGCUGCCAUGGGAUGAGGUAGAGUUGGGGUUGGAUGAUGACAAUGAGCCCAACACCAGUCCACUGGAAGUGUUUCUGGCCACACAAAGCAUGAACGAGUUCAUUCCUAUCUUCAAAAAAGAGAAGAUUGACCUUAAGGCCCUGUUGCUUUGCUCAGACAAAGACCUAAAGAGCAUUCAUAUUCCACUGGGGCCUCGCAAGAAGAUCAUAGGUGCCUGUCAACAACGAUUGGAGACUAUUGAAAACCCAGGGAGCAUAGAGGACACUCAGUUGUGAAGUCUGUCUUUGGCCCCGUUUCCACCUGGUAUUAAGAUGCGUUUCGGGUGAUCCGAUCACAUGUGGUCAGGUGAGACACAUCACUGUUUACACUUGGCCACUUAAAUGCAUCUCCUUUGACCACUUAUGUUUGGAUUUGGAGGGGACGGUCUCUGUUUAAUGACGACAUACAUCAAUCACAAAGUCAGUGUGUUACUGUAUGAUAUUAAAGCACAACAAAGUCAGAAAAGACAAAGAAAGCGCUAAAAAACAAUGCACUGUUUCUCCCAGAUGCGGUUGAAAUUGAAUCAAAGCACAAACGCAACAUGUCAAGCGUUAUUUUAGUGGAUUACCUGUAUUAAAUGAGCUUUAAGUGUUCUUGCUUGUUUUCUGUGUUCAUAUCAGACACACUAAAGAAGAUCCGUUUAGCUCUCGUGAUUGUUUAUGUAUCCGCCUUUUAAAAUGUUCUGAUCGGACAGUUAUUAUGGUUUAAACUCUUGUUUUAGCACAGCGGUUGAUUGACAGGUAAGGGGUCGUGCUUCACUGCCGCAAGGAUGCUUUCAGGACGGAUUAGCGUUUACACCUCAAAGGUUAUGUGGACACAUGCAUUAUUGACUACAUUCAUAUGUGGUUUCUAUGAUCUGAUCACAAAACGUUUUAGACCUAUAUUUAGGGCUGACCACAUGUGAUGGGAUCACCCAAAACGCAUAUUCAUACCAGGUGGAAACGGGGUCUUUAGAGUACCUCAAUGAAUGGAUAGUGUUUAAGAUAUUAGAGUUUUACAAAAGUUUUACAUGUGUGGCAUGUGGCAAAAGCGGGGGGGGGGUGUUCGUGUGAUAUGAGCGUGAAACGAUCGUCUGUGUUCCGCAACUGCUUUUGGUUCUUGAAUAACUUGAAACGUGCGAGUAAGAGCAGCUGCUGGACUUUCUGGUGCCCUCCAAAGGUAAGAUUGUGCCCCCUAGGGAGUUGGUGCCCUACGCAGACUGCGUAGUAUGCGUAUAGGGAGCGGCAGUACUGAACGCACUCUUAGUCCAGUAAUAAUUCUGCCCCUGUGGGGCAUACAUUUAAAUGCCUGUGCUUGUGCCUGCAUAUUUCUAUACAAAAUGUCAUUUAAGACAUAACAUAUGUAUAUAAUUUGAAAAAAAUUUCUUAAUACUUUGUUAAACUCACAAAGCUCAGGAUAUGCUACAUAACAUGAUGGGUAUUUUUUAUCUAGUGUAGCACUUGCUGUUCUUGCUAAUACACAGGAGACUUGAAUAGAAAAUGUACGCUGCCAAAAAUAAUUUUCUUAAACAGUAUUUUUGUUUUCCAUUAAACAUAUCUUAUCAUUAAAACCCAUCACAACUAGAUCAAAUUAUGUAAGAUAUUGAUUUAAUGAGAAUAUACCUUGAAGUAAGAUA